AGGUACAGAAAUCGACUUAUUUAUGCCGGUAACUGUACUGAAAAACGUUGUACUAUACACGCGGGAAGAGGAUGGUCAAUUUAAAACACUAGGAGUUUCGAGCUUUCUCUUUUCUGCACUUGUAUCGUUUUCCUCCACUCCAUAAACAUACUUGAACAGUGCCCAAGUGCUAUCGGAGAUUCAGCCAGGCGAUCCUUGUAGAUAAAAAGACACUGUACGUGUCAGGCACACUGGGCAUGGACCCCCAGGGUCAGCUCGUGUGCGGCGGCGCCGAGGCGCAAGCGAGGCAGGUGCUCACCAACAUGAAGCACGUGCUGGAGGCCGGCGGCGCUUCGAUAGAGUCCGUCAUCAAAACCACCAUCCUGCUGCAAGACAUGGCGGACUUCCAGGCUGUCAAUCAGGUCUACUCAGAAUGUAAGUCGUUUAGUUUUCACCAAAGACCACCCAGCGCGUGCGACGUUCCAGGUGGCCAAGCUGCCGGCGGGCGCAGCCGUCGAGAUCGAGGCCAUCGCGCUCAGUGGCGACCUCGUCGUGGCCGAGGCGGGACCGUGUCCCUGCACGAGGGAAUGACUAGCCGGGGACCACAAGAUUACGUCCAAAAUAUAAAAAUACCUUGUUUUCAUUUGAAUAUAUUCACAAGUUUUGAUCUUUCUGAGGUUUUUCUGUUCAAUACAUACAUUGAGAGUCGGAGACCGAGGACCAGAGUACCGACAUCACUCUCUCCAUCGAUUUUCCGUAUUGGCGUAUACAAAUUAUGACGUCGCCGUCGGUUAGGUAAAGGUACCCAACUCUUCGCCAUCUUCUACUAGGCGGGAAAACGCUACGAUGCGAGCUACGACGAGCUACGAACGCUACGAUACUACAAAACGUAGCGUACUGAAACUACUGAACGGGUUUACAUGAUAUAAAUUAUGGACAGAUUGAUACUUGAAUAAGGUCUUGUGUGAAUUAAGUAGUUGAAAUAUGACGAUAUUUGCUAAUUAGUGGGAAAAAUUCUGGCCAAGAGUAUUUACAUCUUAAACGCAAUCUGAUCUGAUUGAGAUAUAGUACCUCAAUAUAAUUAUGGUGUAAUGUGUAAUUGCCUUUUCACCUCACUAGCUCGGAAAGGACUUUUUUAUUAUUUAAAAAAAGAUAGCAAAAUUGCAUUUUAUCCACAAGA